CAGUGCAAAAAUCUGAUGAAAAUUAUUAUGUAGCAGUUAAAACUUCCCUGUUUCAUUUCAUAGCUUCAGUGAUUAAAAUGUACGCAAGUCAAAAUAGACCUAAAAAUAGAUGACAGUUACAAAUAACCAAAAACUCCAAAUAUUUAUUUUAUUUGCCACUUUAUAAUUUUAUUGUAUUAUCAAUGCCGUAUGAUAUAACAAAUCCUCGUAUUAUAAUCUUCUUGAUCGAAAACUACGAGAAAGAAAAUCGCUUGCGAUUGAAAUGGAUCGAAAAGAACAAGAAGGAACUGCUCGAAGCGGCCACGCUGUCUAGGGAACCCAAGAACUAUACUCAGGCUGAUGUUCUCGCUUUUAAGAUGGAGAGCGGGCUAGCAGCGUUAUCAAGAGACCAUAAAAGCGGCGCCAAAAACAAGAUAAAACUCCAGAAAAAAGACAUAGACAUUAUCCCAGGAAUCAAGCAACUUAGACAUGAAAAUACAUUAUCCGAUGUGGGCCUAGCAGACUCCGAAGACAGGCAUUUAAAAUUAGACACCUCUCCAGACCCAAUAAUGAGACCAGUUGAUCCAAAAGUGUCGAAAAUUAUCUACAAAUCGAAACCUGAGUACGGCAGAGAUGUGUAUUUGAAAGAGCGAAGCAAGUUAAAGCCGGAAGACAGGUACUACUUCUCGGAAUGCCCCAAUUUCGACUACGGCUGGCGAUUAAGAGAUAGCCAGGUGCAGAAUAUCUCGCUCCACGGUCGUAGAGGACAUCUGACUAACGAAAUUCGAAAUCGAGUUGGACCCCAACCCGACCCGAACCAUUACAAAACUGUCACCAUCUCAUCGUUACAUAGGUGCACCGAUUUGUAACUAGAUGGCGCUUUUUUAAUUUGAAUUUUUAGCUCAAAACCU